AUGCCCCAGGACUCGCCGUCGGAACCCUACCCGGAUGAUUACGAUACGGAGCCCGAAUUUAUUGAGGUUGAUCCAUCUGGUCGAUACGGUCGGUAUAAAGAAGUAUUGGGCAAGGGAGCUUUCAAAAAAGUAUAUAGAGCGUUUGAUGAAUGGGAAGGAAUAGAGGUGGCAUGGAAUCAGGUUAAAGUUGCAGAUCUCUUGAGAAAUUCUGAGGACUUGGAACGAUUGUAUUCCGAAGUUCACUUGCUAAAAACUCUUAAGCACAAGAAUAUUAUCAAAUUUUACAACUCGUGGAUUGAUGCCAAGAAUGAGCAUAUCAAUUUCAUUACGGAAAUUUUCACUUCUGGCACUUUGAGACAGUAUCGAAAGAAACAUAAAUAUGUCGAUUUGAGAGCUUUGAAAAAAUGGUCCAGGCAAAUUCUAGAAGGGCUUUCGUAUCUUCAUAGUCAUGACCCCCCAGUUAUUCAUCGGGACUUGAAGUGUGACAAUGUUUUUGUGAACGGGAACCAGGGGGAGGUGAAAAUCGGGGAUCUUGGACUUGCUGCUAUUCUUUGUAAGGCUCAUGCAGCUCACAGUGUCAUUGGCACGCCUGAGUUCAUGGCACCAGAGCUUUACGAGGAGGAAUACAAUGAGCUUGUAGAUAUCUAUGCCUUUGGUAUGUGCUUGCUGGAACUCAUGACAGUCGAGUACCCAUAUGUUGAAUGUGCCAAUGCUGCUCAGAUAUAUAAAAAAGUGACAUCGGGGAUUAAACCUGCAUCACUAGGAAAAGUGAAGGAUCCUGGAGUCCGAACAUUUAUCGAAAAAUGUAUUGCAAAAGUCUCUGAGCGGUUAUCGGCCAAAGACCUACUGAAUGAUCCUUUCCUCCAGUCAGACGAGGAUUCUAGAAGUAUAGGUCGAUCCCUGCAUUCUCAUCCCCUAAAUGCAGAUGACAAUAGUGAUCAGUUUGACUGUGGAAAAACGCCCGAGGGAAGUUUAGACUUCUCGGUAUAUGGUCAAAGGAAAGACCAGAAUACUAUAUUCUUGAAACUCCGAAUAGCAGAUUCGUCAGGACAUAUUCGGAAUAUUCACUUCCCAUUUGAUAUUGAGGUGGAUACAUCAACUGCUGUAGCUAGUGAAAUGGUUGAACAGCUGGAUUUGACGGAUCGUGAUGUCUCAAUAAUUGCUGAAAUGAUUGAUUCUGAAAUUCGAUCCCACAUUCCAGAUUGGGCACCCAUAGAAAUCUAUGGCAAUAGUAUUUCUGGGGAAGCAAUUUCUGCAAGCGGUAGAUCUGGAGGUCAGGGUGAUGCUUCUCACACGGAAAUUGAUUCUGCUCAUUCUGGUUCUUCCCCCGUGACAAAUGAUUCUGCUCGUACUGGCCCUCUUGUUUCGGAAAGACUGCCUUCAGGUCGUAGAUUUUGGUCCGAUUCACCCAAAACUAGUGAUGCAACCUCUCCACUGAGGCCAAUACCGUCAAGGGCAGAUUCAGUUACCUCUGGAGAUGGCUGGUCUGAAGAAAAUUCGCCAUCCUCAAUUUUUCAUAAAGAUGUUAACAGAUCCCUUGAUGCUUCCCCUCUCAGGCAAGUAGAAAACGAGUCUGAUCAUGAUGUUUGUACAGAAGUGGAUGGGCCUCGUGCUUUUGAAGAAAACACAAUAAUGAGUGAAACUGAAUCUAAUGACCUCAAAAUUAUUGUUAUAAAACUAGAGCAUUUAUUGGACAAGCAGCGAAGGGAACUAGAUGAACUUAAGCAGAGGCAUGAACUGGCUGUCUUGGAUCUUUUGAAUGAAGUUCCUCCUGAGAUGGUUCAUAGAGUUCUUAGUAUCUGCGACUAG